AUGGGAUUACCAAUAGAGGGGGAUGCAGCCAGGCAGGCAAAGAAGUCAUUCAGAGCUUUAAAGAGCCAUAUAGACAAGACUACAAAGAGCAGGGAGCUGGUGUAUUUGGUGGUGAACACAGCAAAUCCAACCACCAGGAAAGACGAUUACAUCCCUCGGAUAAUUCCCGUUCGCAACAGAUUAGGUACAACGACCGAAACAUCUAUUCUACUCAUUACCAAAGACCCAGCCACAACAUACAGAGAUACGCUUCGCGCCAAAGAUUCACCAACAGAAGACGUGUUCAGCGAGAUCAUGAGCUUAAAGAAACUCAAGUCAAUAUCGAAAAAUCCCAAGAAGGUGAAGAAGCUUUUCAACGAGUACGAUCUCGUGCUCGCGGAUCACAGACUCCACCACCUGCUACCAUCUGUUCUAGGUGCAACAUUCUACAAGGGCCACAAGAAAUUACCGAGGAAACUACAAAUGGCGAAACCUGAUCCAGACGCUUUGCUCACCAAGACAUCUAAGUCUCACAAAUUAAAGGACGAGAGAUGUGAUCCAAAAUAUGUUAUGGCCCAGGUCAAGUCAAUAGUCAAAAACACCUCUUUCCUACCCUCAACGGGAACCUCCAUGUCUAUAAGAAUUGGGUAUUCCGACAUGAAGACAGAUCAGCUCAUUGAGAAUGCCAACGAUGUUUUGGAGUACCUGAGUAACCCCAAGUACAAGCCUGUGGGAGGGAUCAUCUCCAGAAAUGACAUAAGGGCAUUGCACACCAAAACCGCAGAGAGUAUCAGUCUACCAUUAUCAAUAGAGAAAUAG